AUGGAACAAAUCAUAGAAGGUGCAAAUGAAACACCCAAUCAAAUAGUGGAUUUCUAUAACAAUACUCUUGUUCAAAGAAAGAGGAAUACUUUAUUUUUCAUCAGGUUAUUCGUAAUUUUUUUAAGGAUUACGCAAAUUUUUAUAGCAGCGUAUGCUUUAUACUACAUAAUUAAUCAGGAAAAAAAGAAAUGUUCUCGUAAUAACGAUGAUGAAAAUAGCGACGAAAAUGAUGAUGAUGACGGCGAUCAAUCAUCUGAUUCAGAUUUAGAAGAAUACGAUGAAGAACAAACAAUACAAUGGAAAAAUAAAGAAUGGAAAAAAUGGAUGAAUACUUUGGAAGAUGAUUGGAUGGCUUUUAAUUUAGAAAUUAAUGAUGAAAAAAAUAAGUGGAUUGAACAAAAAGAAGUAGAAUGGAAUUCAUUUUUAGAUGAAUUAGAAAAUAAAUGGAAUCAUUAUAACGAAAAAUUUGAUGCCGAAUUUAGUACUAAUAUCCUAGAAAAUUAUUCUAAUUGGGAUGAUAAUCAUUGGAUCAAUUGGAUGAAAACAAAUGGAAUUCAUUUUAUUUAUAUAGAAUGGAAAACAUGGGUUCUAGAAAGCCAUAAUAAAUUUUAUGAUGUGUUUGUAGAUAAAUGGAUUAAAUGGAAGAAAAAUAAAAUCUUAUCAUGGUCCAUGCUUGAUUGGAAACGUGAAGAAUCACGAAAAUGGCGUGAUUAUGAAAAAAAUACAUGGUUCAAAUUUAUUUGCUACUUUGAUAACAAAAAAUAUAAUGAAUUUAUAACCAGAACAAAAAAUGAACGAAACCAAUGGAAUAAUUGGGUCAAAAUUAAGGACGACAAAUUUAUUGAAAAUGUAUUAAAUGAAUAUUUAAUUUGGAAAGAUGAUAAACAUAUCUUGUAUAAACAAUGGGUAAAAAAUUUUGUUAAUAAUUGGAUAAAUCAAAAAAAAUGGAAUGCUUGGAUUGAGGAGCAAAACAUAGCUCAUUCAUAA